UAGCCAUACAAAAUCUUAUUUACAUGGUAUCUCAUUCGUUAGCCCUAUAGCUUAAGCGGUAUAAUCUCACUUUUAGCACUCUAAUAAAUAACUUGGCCCUUCAUCACGUCACGUUUCCGAGGGUUCUGCCUUUCUCUUUCCCACUGUAUUUCCCCUUUCUUGCUUCCCAAAUACUCAUUUCAACGCCAGAAAAAAUGAGUAACGAUGACGCAUCCGAUCUCGGCGUCGCCCUCCCCGCCGCCGCUGCCGCUUUGAGUGCUGAGGAACGCGCCGGCUUGGUUAAUGAGCUUAAGAAUAAGCUUCAAAAUUUAGCGGGAGAACAUGCUGAUGUGCUAGAAACACUAUCACCAAAUGUCAGAAAACGUGUUGAGGUUCUCAGGGAGAUUCAGAGUGAACAUGAUGAACUGGAGAAGAAGUUUUUUGAGGAGAGAGCUGCAUUGGAGGCCAAGUAUCAGAAACUUUAUGAACCACUUUAUACUAAGAGGUAUGAAAUUGUGAAUGGUAUAGUGAAGGUUGAAGGAGAAACAAAUGAAGCUGUGAUGGACGAAGAAGGGGAUAAAUGUGUAGAAGAAAAAGGAGUGCCUGACUUUUGGCAAACUGCGAUGAAAAUGAAUGAAAUUUUGGCCGAGGAGAUUUCAGAGCGAGAUGAAGGGGCUCUCAAGUAUCUUAAAGAUAUCAAGUGGAGCAGAAACGAUGAUCCUAAGGGUUUCAAGCUAGAAUUUUUCUUUGAUUCUAACCCUUUUUUUAAGAAUACCGUCCUGACAAAAACAUAUCACAUGGUUGAUGAUGAAAAUGAGCCCAUCUUGGAGAAAGCAAUUGGAACGAAGAUUGAAUGGUAUCCUGGGAAAUGCCUGACACAGAAGGUCCUAAAAAAGAAGCCCAAGAAAGGAUCGAAGAAUGCUAAGCCCAUUACAAAAACUGAAAAUUGUGAAAGCUUCUUCAACUUCUUCAACCCUCCUCAAAUCCCCGAAGAUGAUGAUAUUGAUGAUGAGCUUGCUGAGGAACUUCAGGAUCGAAUGGAACAUGACUAUAACAUUGGUUCGGCAAUUCGAGACAAACUAAUUCCUCAUGCAGUAUCAUGGUUUACGGGGGAAGCUGGUCAGGGGAAUGAGUAUGAUGGAUUAGAAAGUGAUUAUGACAGUGAUGACCAAGAUGGUGAUGAGGGUGAAGAUGGGGAUGAAGAAGAUGAGACAGAAGAAAGAAAGGGCAAAAAGAAGAUGCAGAGCGCAAGUGCAAAUGCCGGCCUAAAUCAGCAUGGUGAGCGCCCUCCAGAGUAGAAUGAUCCCCUUACCGAUGGGGAUUUAGGGGUACAAGUGAGGAAGCAAGAAGGCUCUUUUAAUAUGUUUGGUACGACUGGAACGAAGAUGAAGGCAAUGGUGGAUGGAAUGGAAAACUAUGUUUUUUUGGGGAGUUAAAUUAACACAAUUAACAAUUUUAUUUACAACUUGGCUUUUAAUCCGUUGUCUUUUGUCUUCUUAUGUUUAUAUUGCAUGAUAUUUAUUUUUAGGAUAAUGUCACAAAGAGUCCUUAAAGUAUCAAAUUUUCAAUGUGGAAAUUGCACUUUAAAAAUGUUGGUACACUUUACCUAUAAUAAAGUGACAUUUAGAA